AGCAAAAGGAGGCGGGACUUACAUUAUAGUAGUGCAGCUUAUCCAACAUGGCGCUGACGUCGUUUGCCUGAUAAGCAUUUCUAAGUUUCGUCAGUUUAGUGGAUAUUAGUUUGAAGAGAGCAUAUUUAGGCAUAUCCCUGAGUUGAAGUGGCAGCUGUUUGCAACUUGAAAUGAAAGGAAAGGAGCGAUCACCGGUGAAAAAACGCACCCGUGGGCCCGACGAUGGCAGAGACAGAGGAGGAAGCUAUCCGAGCAGCAAGAAGACCGCAGCUCUGUCAGCCAGCAACGGCUCCGCUCAGAGCGGCGCUUCCUCCAGAAGAGGUUUACCCAGCGACAAAAGAGACAUGAGGGACUCAGAAGGACACGGCUCAUCCAGUCGGAUCGGUAGCGGCUACGACUACGGGUCUUCCUCCGGGAACAAGUCGCAUGGUGGCGCUGAUAUCGCCGCGGAAACAUCCAGGUCCGGUUCACGCGGGGAGCCGCGGCCUCCGUUGGCCCCAGGAAGUGAGUACAAGACGCUGAAAAUAAGCGAGCUGGGCUCCGAGCUGAACGACGAGGAGAUAGAGGACGGGCUGUUUCACGAGUUUAAGAAGUUCGGGGACGUGAGCGUGAAAAUAUGCCGUGAAAACCACGAGAGGGUGGCGUUCGUAAACUUUCGGAGGCCCGAAGACGCCCGGGCGGCCAAGCAUGCCCGGGGGAAGUUGGUGCUGUACGACCGGCCUCUGAAGAUAGAGACCGUGUACAUUAAUCGGCGUACGAGCCGCUCCCCGGUUGGCAAAGACAGUUUUCCCUCUGGACACAGGCACCCCCACUCCCAGAGACCCCAGUCUCCCCCGGGCCCGGGUUACAGGGACUACCGGUUACAGCAGCUGGCUCUGGGUCGACUCCCUGCUCCUCCUCCUCCUCCUCCUCCUCCUCCUCUACCUCCCCAUCUCAGGGACCUUGAAAGAGACAGAGACUUCCCGCUGUAUGAAGGCCGCAGCAGGCCUCCGUUCAUCCCUGAAUGUUACCGUGAGGAGGAACUACUCAGCCCCGAGGACGACCAGAGGGCGAACAGGACGUUGUUUCUGGGCAACCUGGAGUCCGGAUUGACAGAGAACGACAUCAGGAGAGCGUUUGAAAGGUUCGGGCUGAUUACAGAGGUGGACAUAAAGCGGACUGUCAGAGGGCAGAACAACACAUAUGGAUUCAUCAAGUUUGAGAACCUGGACAUGGCUCAUCGAGCCAAAGUGGCCAUGUCGGGGAAGGUGGUGGGUCACAGUCCCAUCAAGAUUGGGUAUGGCAAACCUACACCCACAACCAGACUGUGGGUGGGGGGGCUGGGCCCCUGGGUUCCAGUGACUGCACUUGCUAAAGAGUUUGACCGUUUUGGCACCAUCAGGACUAUAGCCUACAGGAAAGGCGACUUGUGGGCUUACAUCCAGUACGAAAGCCUUGAUGCCGCUCAUGCUGCCUGGACCCACAUGAGGGGUUUCCCUCUUGGCGGCCCUGACCGGAGACUCAGAGUGGACUUUGCAGAGACAGAGAACCGCUACCCGCAGCAGCAGUUUGUGCAGCUCCCUCUCCCCAUGCCCCACUUUGACUUGGUCCAGGAGCCAUUUUCUCAUCGCCUGGCCGAGCCGAUGAGAGUAAGAGACCGCACCCCUCCGCUUCCUGGCCGCUUUAGGGAGCGGGAUCCGUUUUCAUCUGCCGAGUGGGUUGGCCUGAAUGCCCACGACAGGAUGAGAGGACCGGGCUUUGACCCCAUUGGUCGUCUGGAGCGGCGCUGGUCAGUGGAGCGCGAGUUGCAGGGCAGAGAUGUCGGCCCCAAAAGGAGACAUUUAGACGACGGCUGGAGAGUGGAGCGCUCUCCUGACAACGGGGACUUUGGUCUGCGCCGUCAUGGCGGCUCAUUGGAGCACAGCCCCGGGGGAAGCAGCCGGGACGGGGGACGCUACAGUGACCCCGAGCGCCUCCCUCGCUCUGGCGGAACCACCCCGGCCAAAGAGCGGCAGAACAACCACAACUCUAGCUUGGUGGAAAAAAGAAAAAGAACACGCAGCCCCUCUCAGCCGGAGCCCAAACGCAAAGCUGGAGACACGUCCAAGAGCCCGGCGAAGAAGGAACAGCGGCCAGACAAUCCGGCCUCAAGCUCCUCCCCGUCCAAGCAGCCGGGCUCUGACGGGCCGAGGCUGAGUCAGGCCUGGGAGGGCGUCCUGCUGCUGAAGAACAGCAGCUUCCCCGCCUCCCUGCACCUGCUGGACGGAGACAUGCGGAUGGCCACCAGCCUGCUGGUGGAGGGCCCCACCGGCGGGAAGGUGACCCAGCUGAAGAUCAGCCAGCGCCUCCGCCUGGACCAGCCCAAGCUGGACGAGGUCGCCCGCCGCAUCAAGGCCGCCGGCUCCAGCGGCCACACCGUCCUCCUGGCCUUGCCGGGGAAAUCCGAGGACGCCAACAGCUCUGUGGAGAGGCCGCUGAAGAACCUGGUGUCCUACCUCAAGCAGAAGGAGGCGGCGGGGAUCAUCAGCCUCCCGGUGGGGGGCGGCCGCGACAAGGAGCACAGUGGAGUCCUGCACGCUUUCCCUCCAUGUGAGUUCUCCCUGCAGUUCGUGGAUGCCUCUGCCAAAGCCUUUGCCAAAUCAGAGGAAGACUACCUGGUGAUCAUCAUAAUUAAAGGAGCCUCAUAAAGAAAAGUGCAAAUUACAUGUCUUUUAUUUUUUUUUAUUAUUAUUACUGUACUCUCAUCUUUUUAAGUUGUGAGGAAAUCCUGACAAGAGUGUAGUGGAAUCUGAUUCUGUAGGAGAGUGAAAGUUCAUUUUGUGCUGUGAAAGGUUUACUAAGAGGAAUAUAACAGUAAGAUAAAGUAUAUUAUAUGAUGGUAAACUGAUGGACUGCAUUGAUACAGAUUACAUACCGGCGCUUACUGUUUUAAAUGUUAAACUUAAAGGGUACGCUUCUUAAAGGAACUCAGAGCAAACUACUUUAUAAUGAAUAUGUUGCCUUAUGAAAAAAACCCCAACAAUUUUCUAUCCAGGGAAGAAUGUUUGACUUUUUUUUCUUCUAGGCAUAAAUUUAAUUGAUUUCUGUCAAACCGUUUAACAUUUAGAGAAUUCAAUCAAAUACGGUCAUUGUUUGUUUUGAUAAGGAAAAGAAACAUAAUUGCUCGUCCAGUUACACUUUAAAAUCUAUAUUCAAAUGUGCGUUUGUAUAAGUUAUGCCUGACUAAAUUUCUUAACACCUCACAGUUUUCUAAUUUUGCCAGUUUGGUUCAAGCAGAAAAGAAACAUUUGUCUAAUGAAAAAAUGUGUAAUUUAAAGGUAUAGUUAAUUUUUUUUCUCUGCUCCAAAGCAUACAAUUAUAUAUAUUAUAUUAUAUGUUCAUACAAUUCUCCUUGGAGAAUUGUAUGAAUACAUAAUUCAUACAAUUCAUACAAUUCUACAAGGAGAAUUCAUACAAGGAGAAUUGUAUGAAUAUGUAAUCUACAACAGGGUUGUUUAGAAAGGUCGUUGUGCUGUGAUUUUGAGGAAAAGUGAAUAAAUCUUGAGAUCUUUUUAUUUUCCUACCACGUAGGAUUCAGUUCUAUGCUAGCAGGUAUUUGCCUGGGAAAGCAAAAUAACUUUCUUAUCAUGAGGCUAAAGGUGUGUUGUCUGGUGCUGCUGGCUGUUCAAGCCCACAGAGAGAAGAGUUUGGAUGUCAUUUGUGUAGCGACACCAAAAUGUUCCUUCAGCCUGAAGCCUCCGCUGACGUAGCUUUGGUGGAGUAACGCUGCCGUUGUUUGGCUGUGAAAGCCUCGACAAACUUUAAAGUUUUUGGUAAAGAUGGUUAAUAUCUGCAAACAUAGAAGUGUGUCCCAUAGAUGCCGACAUUUUCAGUUUAAGUUACAAAUAGCUAACAUCUGCGAUCUGCAGAUUUAUUAACUUUUCUACAAAUUCACAGCAGUACGUCAUCUUUCUUCUAGAGGCGAAGGAACUGAAACUGAAAACAAAUUUCUCUCCUUAAAAAUCUGAACUAUUUAAGUUCUUCAAAGUUCUUGCCUGAAAUAAUUAUUAGUCCAAUUAUUAUGGACGAUCAGAGCUGAUUUGAAUAGACUAGUGAGCCGUGAUGUGAGUUUAAAAGGUAACUUGAACGUUUUUCUUUUGCAUCUGUUCUUCAAGCCCUGCUAACAACAAUAGGUGAAGAGGAUGGAUAGAAAAAGCAGACCGUUUUUAAAAAUUAUUUUCAAUUCUAUUUGUAUUGCAAGACAUUUAUUGGAACAAGGGAAAAAAAAAAGACCUAGUAUCACUUAUGUAUGUCAGUGAAAUUUGGCUCUUGAUGAAUCUUCAAAGUGAUAAACAAAAAUUUGUCGCUUUUUGUCUCCAUCCUGUCCUCAGAAUAAUUUUAUUGCUAUAUUAAGUUUGGUUAAACAUUUCCCAGCCUGCUAAUCUUAACUCCUACCCCAGCAAAGCAUGUAACUGUUUGACAAACUGUUGAUGUAAACUAUAAAUGAAGGUUUUAUGUGUAUGACGGACGACCCUUCAUCUGAUCUGACCUGGAAGUAGAGAAAUAUUACUACGCUAUCUGUGGACUCGAGCGCGAGGAGAGGAGGCGGCUCCCUUCCUGCCGUCAUCCGAAGAGACUUUUACUGGUUGAUUUUUAUGCUUUUGAUUUGAGUACUGUUUUAAAAUGAGAAAAAAAAAAAGAAAGUAUGUGCUGUAAACUCAGGAUUUCUGGAGACAGAAGUGGAGAACUUCAAUGCUGAUGGGCCUAACUGUCAGACAAACACGCAGACGUGCAGCAAGCACUUGAUAGAUCUUGUUUUAAUAAAUUUGCUCUUUCGUGGGAAAGACGAGUGCCUCGGAA